CCGAGUACAUUCUACCUAUCAGAUGCUUUGUAUCUAUUAAUACUCACAAUAAGGUAGGUAUCAUCCCCAUUGUUGAGAUAAAGAAACUGAAGCUCAAAAAGGUUAUUCAGCUAGUAUGUAAGUAGCAGAACUAAAACUCCAACCCAGAUCUGUCUACCUCUGAUCAUUGCAUUCUAUCAUCUAAGCUACAUGGAAAUUGAUUAAAUGACUAACGAUAGUGAAUGGUUAAAUAAAUUAUGAUAUAUUUAAUGGACUUUUAUGCAACUAUUAACUAUUAUAAAGGUGACACAAUGGAAAUUAAAAUAUACAGUUCAUAAUGUAUAUGAAAUAAUGUUAGAUUAAACAAACAAAAACCAUUUAAAUGCAUUCUGGAUACAACUAGACAAAAAUGUGCACAUAUUUGGAUAAAAAAUAGAAAAGAGAACAAAGAAAUGAAAAGUUUUAUGGUUAGGUGAUGUGUUUAUAGGUGGUAUGUAUUUCUCUUGAUAUAACUGUUUUUAAUGAAUUAUUUGAAAACUAAGUCAGCUCUUGCCACAUCGGUUCUCAACCCUUUGGUUUAUUCUUCCUUUAACUACAAAACUUUGGGGUGACGGUGGGGUAGGCUACCAAGAUAGUUCUUGCUAUUAAGACCACAGUGGAGUAUCUACCUUGACUGAGUGCUUUACAGACAUUAUCUCAUUUAAUAUUUUUGCACCAAUCUUAGGAGGUAAAUAUUUCUAUUAUUCCCAUUUCAGAGAUGGGAAAACAAAGGCUUACAGAUUAAGAUGACUCCAUCUGAAAAAGUAUAAAGCUAGCAGAGAAAACCAAGUUAGCCUGACUUCAAAGCCCAUUCUCUUAAUCAUUACACCAUACAGUAUUACACAGUAGCUUACCGUCAUUAAGUUGGUAGUAAGCCUCUAAAAACUAGAAUUCCUUUUCAGCCUUGUAUUAAAUGAGACCAGAGAGGAACAAUUCAAAGUUAAAAUGACUGGCAUGGGUAUUAGUGGUCUUUGCUUUAGAGCAAAUAAUUUUCCAUUCGAUUCACGACAGUAUUAAGUUAAAUCAUGGUAAUUGUAUGUUUUGUCUGUUUUUCUAAAUUUUUUUAAUUAAAAAAUAAAACAGGUUUCAACCAGCAUUUAUUUUUCUUUCCAAGCGAAUACUGAAUUGUGUUUCCACUCUUCACUAGUAAUGAAAUGGUUAAAUCUUGAGGGUACACCCUGGUGGAUAUCUCCCUCAACCAUCUAAAGAGGAAAAAAAAAGUCACAGUCAGUUACUCCCGUUAGCUCUGUGUUCAUUAGAACACUUGUAGGCACAUACACACGCUCUCUUUACUGUCAGCCUUCGGCUUGCCAGUCACAGUGGGCAGUCAGAGCAUCUGUCCCAAGUGCUGACAUUUUACACCUGGCUUAGCGGCAAACAUUCAGAGAGGGGUGAACAGCCCCGCUGGCCUUCAGAUAAAAGAUCUACCCACGAUCAGAAAAUAUGUCACUGCAGAUGGUAACAAUCAGUAAUAAUAUAGCCUUAAUUCAACCAGGCUUCUCACUGAUGCGGUUUGAUGGACAAGUUUUCUUCUUUGGCCAGAAAGGUUGGCCUAAGAGAGCCUGCCCCACUGGAGUUUUCCAUUUUGAUAUAAAGCAUAACCAUCUCAAACUGAAGCCUGUAUUUUUCUCCAAGGAUUCGUGCUAUCUUCCUCCUCUUCGCUACCCAGCCAUUUGCACAUUCAAAGGCAGCUUUGAGUCUGAAAAGCAUCAAUACAUUGUCCAUGGAGGGAAAACGCCAAACAAUGAGCUUUCAGAUAAGAUUUAUGUCAUAUCUGCUGUUUGCAAGAACAACAAAAGAGUUACUUUUCGCUGCAUAGAGAAAGAUUUAGUAGGAGAUGUUCCCGAAGCCAGAUAUGGCCAUUCCAUUGAUGUGGUGUAUAGUCGGGGGAAAAGUAUGGGUGUUCUCUUUGGAGGACGUUCAUACAUACCUUCUGCCCAAAGAACCACAGAAAAAUGGAACAGCCUAGUUGACUGCCAGCCUCACGUUUUCUUGGUGGAUUUUGAAUAUGGGUGCUGUACAUCAUACAUUCUUCCAGAACUUCAGGAUGGGCUAUCUUUUCAUGUCUCCAUUGCCAGAAAUGAUACCAUUUACAUUUUAGGAGGCCAUUCACUUGCCAAUAACAUCCGCCCUGCCAACCUGUACAGGAUAAGCGUUGAUCUCCCCCUGGGUAGCCCAGCUGUGAGUUGCACAGUCUUGUCAGGAGGAAUCUCUGUCUCCAGCGCAAUCCUGACUCAAACUAGCAAUGAUGAAUUCGUUAUUGUUGGUGGCUAUCAGCUUGAGGAUAAAAAAAGAAUGGUCUGCAACAUAGUCUCUUUAGAGGACAACAAGAUAGAAAUUCGGGAGAUGGAGACCCCAGAUUGGACCCCAGAUAUUAAGCACAGCAAGAUAUGGUUUGGAAGCAACAUGGGAAAUGGAACUGUUUUCCUUGGGAUACCAGGAGACAAUAAGCAGGCUAUUUCAGAAGCAUUUUAUUUCUAUAUGUUGAAAUUUACUGAAGAGGAUGGGAACGAAGAUCAGAAAACAUUCACAAACAGCCAGACAUCCACAGAAGACCCAGGGGACUCCACUCCCUUUGAAGACUCAGAAGAAUUUUGUUUCAGUGCAGAGGCAGAUAGUUUUGAUGGUGAUGAUGAAUUUGACACCUAUAAUGAAGAUGAUGAGGAAGACGAGUCUGAGACGGGCUACUGGAUCACAUGCUGCCGUACUUGUGAUGUGGAUAUCAACACUUGGGUACCAUUCUAUUCAACUGAACUCAACAAACCCGCCAUGAUCUACUGCUCUCAUGAAGACGGUCACUGGGUCCACGCCCAGUGCAUGGAUCUCGCAGAACGCACGCUCAUUCAACUAUCAGAAGGAAGCAACAAGUACUACUGCAAUGAGCAUGUGGCUAUAGCAAGAGCACUACACACCCCCAAAAGGUCCCUACCCUUAAAGAAGCCCCCACUGAAAUCCCUCCGCAAAAAAGGCCCUGGGAAAAUCUUGACUCCUGCCAAGAAAUCAUUUCUUAGAAGGCUGUUUGAUUAGUUUCACAAAAGCCUUUGAGAUUCAAGUGCAUUAAAUUUUUAAACCUAUUUUAAAGAAUCAUGAUGAUAGAAAUUAUAUUUCUAUUUUUGUUUCUGAAACGGCUGUGUUUCUUUUAGUUACAUGAAUUAAGUGUCAGGAAAGACAGCACGUAACACAAUGCUAAGCAGAGUCAUUGUAGAACUAUACAUUUUGAAAAUAUUUUACUCAAGUGUAUCUUAAAUGAGAAUUUCCAAUCUGAAUUUUUUUCCUUGAAGACAUCUUAAGCACAGAAGAAAGCAGUAAAGUAAUCAAGGUAUAUUUAUAUCCCUCAUAUGAUUUUUUGGUCACAUCUUAUUAAGCAGUUAAGACAAAUUUAACCAGUAAAGAAACUAACACCCAAAGGAAUUAAAUGACUUAUUUUUGUGCAAUAUAGCAAUGUGUUGGUUGGCCAAAAAUUAAAACUGAGAUCACCUGUAUCCCACACUAUUACUCUUUAUGCAACCUCUGAGAUCGCCCCUUGUGCUAUGCUCAUGAAUAGAACAAGUUUCUUAUAGCUGAGACGUGUGUAUAU